UCAUUUCAUUUCUUCAUUUUGACAGUUCUUCCAGGUCAUAUACGGGCCAGAGAACGAUAUGUCAACGUUGAAGGAAGUUUGUGACGGAUUACCUCUUGAUCCCCUCCCCCCUCAUCGAGGAAGGGACGAGAAUCUACCACACGCACCUGUACUUAAUCCUAAUCUAACAACAGACGAGGAACGGUUGUCCCUUGAAAAUUCCCUGAGAUAUUUUCCUCCGGAGCUACAUGAAAGACUUGCACCGGAAUUCGUUGAAGAACUUCGAGAAUAUGGACACAUAUACAUGUACAGAUUUAGACCAAAUAUUGAAAUGCGAGCUUAUCCUAUAAAUGAUUAUCCAGCUAAGACAAGACAAGCAGCUGCUGUGAUGCAUAUGAUCAUGAACAACCUAGAUCCCCAUGUUGCUCAAUUUCCACAAGAACUGGUUACUUAUGGUGGUAAUGGUCAGGUCUUCUCUAACUGGGCACAGUUUCUGUUAACUAUGAAAUAUCUAUCUACCAUGAAUGAAGAACAGACACUGGUCAUGUAUUCUGGUCAUCCAAUGGGAUUAUUUCCGAGCUCCAGAGAUUCUCCAAGAGUUGUUAUUACGAACGGAAUGGUCGUGCCAAACUAUUCUUCACAGACAUUGUAUGAUAAAUUAUUUGCAUUAGGCGUUACUAUGUAUGGUCAGAUGACGGCUGGUAGUUAUUGUUAUAUUGGACCACAGGGUAUUGUUCAUGGUACAACGUUAACGUUGUUAAAUGCGGCUAGAAAGCAUCUGGACACAGGAGAUUUAUCUGGUAAAAUCUUUGUAACGUCCGGUCUAGGUGGUAUGAGUGGAGCGCAAGCUAAGGCUGCAGUUAUAGCUGGUUGUAUAGGGGUCAUAGCUGAGGUGAGUGAGGAAGCAAUCUAUAAACGAUAUAAUCAAGGAUGGUUGUUGCAAGUGACAGCUAGUUUAGAUGUAUGUAUCACCAUGAUCAGGCAAGCUAAACAGAAUAAAACAACUACCAGUAUUGGUUAUCAUGGCAACGUGGUUGAUCUUUGGGAACGUUUGGCUGAUGAAUUUGAUUCUACUGGAGACCUUUUAGUUGAUCUAGGUUCAGAUCAAACUUCCUGCCAUAAUCCAUUUCUAGGAGGAUAUUAUCCCGUUCAGUUGACAUAUAAACAAGCUCGUGUCGUCAUGUCAGAAAAUCCAACAAUAUUUAAAAAUCUCGUCCAAGAAAGCUUACGUCGUCAUGUUUCCGCCAUCGACCGUUUGACAUCACGUGGUAUGUUUUUCUGGGAUUAUGGCAAUGCUUUUUUAUUAGAAGCAUGUAGAGCAGGUGCUGAUGUUGGUAGAGCUGAAGGAACCAAUGGUACAUCUUUUAAAUAUCCAUCUUAUGUUCAAGACAUUAUGGGAGAUAUAUUCUCUCUGGGGUUCGGUCCUUUCAGAUGGGUGUGUACAUCAUGUAAUCCAACUGACCUAGAGAAAACUGAUGAAAUAGCAACUUGUGUUUUAGAAGAUAUCAUAAAACAAGGAGUUCCUACGUCAACAAAACAACAGUAUACUGAUAAUUUAAAAUGGAUUAAAGAAGCUGGACAACAUAAAAUGGUUGUUGGAUCUCAAGCUCGUAUAUUAUAUUCUAAUCAACAAGGACGACAAGCGAUAGCACUGGCAUUUAAUAAAGCUGUAGCUGAUGGCCAAAUAACGGCACCAAUAGCUAUAAGUCGUGAUCACCAUGACGUUAGUGGAACAGACAGUCCGUUUAGAGAGACAUCUAACAUUACAGAUGGUUCCAAUCUGUGUGCAGAUAUGGCUAUUCAGAAUGUGAUUGGUGAUAGUUUUAGAGGUGCCACGUGGGUAGCAGUACAUAAUGGUGGAGGUGUGGGCUGGGGUGAGGUUAUAAAUGGAGGCUUUGGAUUGGUACUAGAUGGAUCGGAGGAUGCGGGUAGACGAGCAAAUCUGAUGCUGUCCUGGGAUGUUAAUAAUGGAGUUGCUAGAAGAUGUUGGUCUGGUAAUAGGAAUGCCGAAGAAACGAUAUGCCAUGCUAUGGAUGAAGAUAAUAAUUUAAAAAUAACUCUUCCUUAUCACGCUGAUAAAGAUCUGUUAAGAAAAAACAUUCAAUAGAAUAGAAAAUGCUCAAAAAUUAACCCCAUGUCGUCACUGUUUACCGUAUUUAACGUAAUAACUGCACUGUAAUAACAUCAUUCAACUAAUGAAAAGAUGACCAACUAAGUUAGAAGUCCUACUUAUCUUUAGGAGAAAACGAUAGGCCCUUAUUUCACCAGGGCUAUUUAUUACCCUGGAGUAUAGUAUUUUGCAAGUCUUAAAGAUACAUUAUGGGAGAUGAGAUAAAGAGCUAGCAGUUCUCACUAUAAUAGUUAAAGUUAAAAAUUAGAUAAUGUAAAGCGAAUUUGCUAAAAAUUUCAGUCAAAUUGAUCCACUCUCAACCGAGAAUUUAGCAUUGAAUUUUAGGCCUAGCCUCGAUCAUCAUUACUAAAGUCAGUGCGAUAAAAAACAUAGUCCCGAUUAUCCAUUUUUUUAUUUAAUCAUCAAUGAACGCUAAGCAUUAGAUCAGAUUCUAAUUCAGUAAAUAUCACAGGCUAGAGAUGACAUCGAGAGUUGAUUUUGGUCUGGAGAGGUUAAUUAAUGUGUAAAUAGUAAUUUAGAUAACAUUUCAGGCCUAAAGAAUGACCUGCAAUAGGCAGAUUUAUCUCUUGCAUAAUGUAUGUUUAAUUUUGAAACAAAUUCCAUCUGAGACAGGUUGCAUUUAUUUCAU